CGCUCGCCACAGACUGAGCAACAGGCGCUACUCGUGGUCCCGUCGACGGCAGUGCGCCGAUUCGUCAACACCACCGUGACCAGCACAGCCGCCAUGGGAACGGAACUGCGCCGCCGUCGCAGUGCCGCUGAUGCUGCCUUUGUCGUCGGGGAGACGCUUCUGCUGGAGCUGUUUCUGGUGGUCAUCGCGCUCUUGUCGAAUGCCUGGGCGCAGCACGCGGUGAGCAGCAGCGACGAAGCGCACUCUCUGACUUCUAGAGGUGCAGACACGCUCGUCCGCUGGAAUAUAUCGCCCGCCGCGCUGCAGCACAUGCGCUCUGAGAGCUUCAAGCGCCAGUUCAGCCCCUGGGGUGGCAAGCGGAACACCGCCGCGUUCGAAUCCCUGCUGGAUUCGCCCGGCGAUCAGCAGAGCCACCGGCACCAACUGGCGGCGGACGCGUCGUACAAGGUUCGCCGCCUUCACCACACCGGCAGCCCGAGGAACGCCGAUUCGUUUAGUCCUUGGGGCGGCAAAAGAGCGGACGACAAGAAGGACAAGGACCAGACGUUCAACCCCUGGGGAGGCAAGAGGGCGGCGGGCGACGGCUUCGGCUCCUGGGGAGGCAAGAGAGGAACGUUCAGCGCCUGGGGCGGCAAGAGGGCGGCGGGCGACCGCUUCGGCUCCUGGGGAGGCAAGAGGGGAACGUUCAGCGCCUGGGGCGGCAAGCGGCAGCAGGAGAGCAAGAACGCCUUUAGCCCGUGGGGAGGCAAAAGGACUGUCAGAAGCCCCCUGGCCAGGAGCGAGGAUGCUGCGAGGGUCAGGCAAGACGAUGGCGAGGAGGACGAGGAGCGGAGCUUCGCCCCUUGGGGCGGAAAGAGGGGAGCCGCGGAAGACCAAGCAUUUUCCCCAUGGGGAGGGAAAAGGGAUAGCGAGGAGGACACGUCUUUCACGCCCUGGGGAGGCAAGCGUGAGGACCGUUUUAACCCGUGGGGAGGAAAGCGGGAAGGACCCUUCAACCCCUGGGGAGGCAAGAGGGAGGGCUCAAACAAGGAGGGAUUUUUCAACCCUUGGGGAGGCAAACGCGGUGCUGACGACUCUUUCAACUCUUGGGGUGGCAAGAGGCAGGACUCCUUCAACCCUUGGGGAGGAAAGAGGGAAAGUGGCGUGUUCAGGCCUUGGGGUGGAAAGAAAGAGGACAAGGUCUUCGGGCCUUGGGGAGGAAAAAGGGACGACGACGUGUUCGGGCCCUGGGGAGGCAAAAGGGAGGAAGUGUCGUCAUCGUCGAGCCAUUCUGCGGGCAGGGGCUUCCCCUUCGGCGGCACGACCGGCCAUGGCGUGGAUGCAGGGUCGUUGCGCAAGAAGCGAGAUUCUUCCAUGAGCGAACACAAGGUGACGACGUCGUACAGUGGAAAAAGCGGAGGGACGUAACCACUGCAGUCAGUCACCACCACGAUACGUGUUCGAAAACACCGCCUCACAAGCCUUAAAAAAAGAAAACAAAACUACAUCGCGGCCGCUGUGAGUGCACGCGAACUAUAAUACCUGCCAACCAGAGACGAGGAAGAAGGGAUUGUCUCUUUUUUUCUUCCUGUCGAAGAGUAUUUUUGAGAAAUAAAAAAAAAAGGGUUUCCGGUACCUCAGCAUGGACAACUGAGGUAACGCACUGCCUGUUUGGGCGUACAGUAAAUAAAGAAUAAUAAAAUGAAA